ACUCCUCCGUUCAUAGGUGACAUUCAGUCAGAGCUUAAAGUAGAGUUGAGAGACACACCUGUUUGUGGAGGCCUUACCUGACGUGCGCGCCCCUGCCCCCGCCACCGCCCGUGUACUUCAGCCCAAACAGGUUGGACGAGAACACACCUGAAGGAGGAAAAGGAAGCUUUUGUCUGCUGGGACUCGACGCUCACCUCCAUUUUUUGACCUCUGUGGACGGCGAAAGGAUCAAAAUCAAACGAGGGAAACAUUUGAGUCAACUUUUUGCGUUUUUUACUUGUAUUAAUUCUACUAUGAAGAUGUGGAUUGUUCUUGUGCUCGCCGCCCUCGCGGCGGGAGCCUCGGCCCAAAGCUGUUCCUGUAACACAAUGAAGUGGGCCACCUGCGAUGGCACUCCCUGUUCGUGUUACGUCCUGGUUGGUGACCAAGCGAAGCAGCCUCUAGAGUGUUCUACAUUGAUCCCCAAAUGCUUUUUGAUGAAGGCUGAGAUGUACAGAGCCAAAAAAGGCCUUGACACCCGUACAAUCGGAGGAAAGCCGGUAGAAACCGCCUUUGUGGACAAUGAUGGCAUCUAUGACCCAGAGUGCGAGAACGACGGCAAAUUCAAGGCCAAGCAGUGCAACAACACUGAGGAGUGUUGGUGCGUCAACAGCGCUGGCGUACGCCGAACGGACAAGGGAGACAAGAACCUUAAGUGUGAGAAGCUGGUGGAGACCUAUUGGGUCCGUCUUCAGCUGACCCACAAAAAAAUGGACAGUCCUGUUGAUGGCUCCAAAAUGAAAAUGGCCAUUGCAGAUGCCAUUCAUAAGCGCUACAGCAACUUUAACAAGGAUAUGGUGGAUAAGGUUGAGUAUGACGCAGACUCCCGCAUGAUUGUGGUGGAUGUGAAGAAGCCUAUGGGAGAGCGUAAGAGCGAUCUGACCAAUAUGGCCUACUACAUGGAGAAAGAUGUGAAAGUGCUGCCACUGUUCAAGAACCAGGAGAAGUUUGAGCCUAUGGUCGAUGGCCAGAGGCUGGAGAUGGAGAACAUUCUGGUGUACUAUGUGGACGAGGAGGCCCCAACAUUCACCAUGACGCAUCUUACCGGUGGCAUCAUCGCCGUCAUCGUGGUGGUGGUGCUGGCUGUGGUCCUCGGCCUGCUACUCCUGUUUUUCAUCAGAAGACGCCAGAGUCAAAGAUACAACAAAGCUCAGCAAAGAGAGAUGGAUCCUAUGUAAGAUCAAGUGUCAUCUUGGGAUGGGCAUACUUGCAGUGUGCCGUUAAUACCAUUCUACUUGAGGAAGACCAAUUUUGUAAAUGAACAAUCAAAUGUUUGUCAUUGGCGCUUUUCCUACUGCAUUCUAUUUAUAAACUGUAAAGUCUUCAGCAUUCUACCGUCUUGACGCCAUAAAGAACUGUGCUUUUGGAAAGUAGUCCUAGCAAAUGUUGCAUAUUAAUUUUAGAACAGUUGAACAUUUUUGAUUGUACAGUUUCUUACAAGAGUGUGUUUUUGUUGGAUUUGUUUUUAAUAAAAAUGUUUUAAAGAC